CCCGUCGCUUCUCUACGAGCAUUCGUUCUCGCUCCGAAAACGCCAAAUACGUUUUCAAACCAAAAUGGAGGAUUUGUCGGUCGAGGUGUACGGUGAUAAUGGUGCUUAUUAUAAGGCCAUUGUCACCGACGUUCUCGACAACGAGGUUCUCGUAGCCUUUGAAAAUGACUGGCAGCCGGAGUCGAAAUUCCCGUUCUCCCAAGUGUUUUUACCACCGAAAGACACAGGCAAGCACACAGAGUUCGUGGAAAACCAAGAGGUGGAGGUAUUCGCGAGGUCCAAUGAAAAGGAAGCAUGUGGGUGGUGGACAGCAAAUAUCAAGAUGAUGAGAGGCGACUUUCUUGUAAUAGAAUACCUAGAAUGGGACAACUGCUACACGGAAAUUGUGCCAAAGGACCGCCUCCGAGUGAAGACUCCCAAGACACCUAUUGACAAGAACACCUUCCACAAGUUCGAAAUAACCGUACCGGAUGAUCUCAAGGACUAUGCGAAGGUGGAGAACGCCCACAAGGAGUUCCAGAAGGCGAUCGGCGCCGCGCUGGUGUGGUACGUGGCGGAGCGCGGCGUGCUGGCCGUCGUGUCGCGCUGCGAGACCUCCCACAAGCGCGCGCAGAUGCUGCAGGAGAUGCACUUUAGGAAUCUAACUCAGAAGCUGUUAUUGUUGAAAAAGACUGAAGAAGCAGCCAAACAGUUGGAGUCCACUAAAAUACAUAAUCAGGGCGGCUAUACAGACGAAUUCUCUGUGCGUGAAGAUCUGAUGGGAUUGGCAAUCGGAACGCACGGAGCUAACAUACAACAAGCACGCAAGGUGUCUGGAGUCACCAACAUUGAGCUGGAGGAGGUCUCAUGCACGUUCAAGAUCUGUGGCGAGUCGGUGGAGGCCGUGCGCGCCGCGCGGUCGCUGCUGGAGUACGCGGAGGAGUCCAUCAAGGUGCCGCGCGCGCUAGUGGGGAAGGUCAUCGGGAAGAACGGGAAGGUCAUACAGGAGAUCGUCGACAAGAGCGGAGUCGUGCGCGUCAAGGUGGAGGGAGACAACGAGCCCCAGCCGUCCGCGCCGCGCGAGGAGGGCAUGGUGCCGUUCGUGUUCGUGGGCACCAGGGAGAACAUCGCCAACGCCAAGGUGCUGGUGGAGUACCACGUGGCGCACCUCAAGGAGGUGGAGCAGCUGCGCGCCGAGAAGCAGGAGAUCGACCAGCAGCUGCGCUCCGUGCUGGGCGGCGGCGCGCAGACCUACCCGCCGCCGCGGGGGCAGCCGCCCGCGCGCGCGCGCCGCACGCGCCCGCCGCACCACCGGUACCCCACCGCGCCCGCCCGCCGCAUGACGCCCGACCUGGCCGACGAGCGCAGCGACAGCGCCGGCUACCGCGGCCGCGGGGGGCGCGCGCCCAGGCCGAACAGGUCGAGCGAGCGCGGCGAGCGGCGCGUGCUGGAGAACGGGCGGCCGCACCCCGCGCCGCCGCGCCAGCCGCGGACCACGGCGCCCAGUGGAAGACGACGCGAAGACAGACGGAGGCAAACUGAUGAUGAGAGCAGUGUGCUAGACAGCCAGGACGUGUCCAGUGCGGACCGAGGUACGACAUAGUCGCGCUUGUACAAACUCGCCACAUACUGGGCGCUCGACAAACUGCCUCACGGUUGUGAUAGGACAUUGCUUCGCCAUUAUGUACUUUACAUAACGUCUCACUCCGAGACUCUUUUGAAAAUGCUCUCGGACGUGGUGGUGUAUUCCACUCUGCUCCACUACCCAUAUCUAUUUAGAUAUUCUAUUUUUAAAUGACUUGAGUUUGUUAUUUUUAGUUCUUAAUUUGUACCUUCAUGGGUAUGAAAUUUAAUUCCCCUCUUAUCCUUAAGAUAGUUUUUUGUUAUGCCAAUUAUGAUGUUUUAAAUAAAUUUUCCCUCGGGUCACUUCCCUUCAGCGCCCUUUAUACAAGUGCACUAAAACGGGUGUGUAUUCUGUUAAUGAAAGUUGCAAUGAAUGUAGCAGUAGAAUUAGAUGUGAAAUAAUCCCUUGAUUAUUUUUCCAGUGAGUCAGAUUGGAAUA